AUGGCAAUUGAUGAUAAAGGGAGAACAGCUCUUCAUUAUGCCUUAACAGAUUUUGAUUGGUACUUUUCGAAAGAAGAGGAAAUGGAACUUGAACACGAAGGAAGAAAUAAUAUAUUUCAGGAUUCAACUAAUCAAGAAGCUUUAAAUAAGCUUAAAAGAAUAACAGAUAUUCUUAUUGAAAAUAAGAUCGAUCUUAACACGGCAGACAUCAAUGGGCAAACACCCUUACAUACAGCCUGUUCCGGAAAUUUUCCCGAAAUCGUCAAAGAAUUCCUUCGUAAUAAAGUAAAUGUAAAUGCAUCCGACAAAGAUGACUUCACUCCUUUACAUAUAGCUUGCUUUAAAUGCCAUUUCUUUCCAGUGCAAUUGCUAAUAGAGCAUGGAGGUCGCGUCAACGCUACAGAUGUGCAUGGUUCCAGUCCCCUUCAUUUAGCUUGCGUUAUAGGAAAUUUGGAGGUAGUGUCAACACUAGUAAAAUAUGGUGCAAAGAUUAAUAUUCCAGACAAGACUGGGUCUACUCCAUUGCAUAUCGCAAUAAAGAAUACACGUCAAGAUGUUAUUUAUUUUCUGCUAUAUAAUGAGGCAAAUGUUAAUGCAAGGGAUAAUGAUGGUUUUACACCAUUGUUACUCUGUUGUUGCCAAAAUUAUAAUGAAAUCGUGGAGAUAUUAUUGAGGUUUGGGGCUGAUUAUGAGAUAGAAAUAAGUGAAGGUGUAAAUGCUGUUACCAUGGCAAUAAAAUGUCAUCACUAUGACAUUAGUGAUGUAUUGUUUGAAAAUGGAGCUCAUCUGUAUGAAAACAAUUUAAGGUAUUUGUUACAAUGUUUUAUAAAUACAAAUGACAUUUUUAAGUUUUUGAACAAAUAUCGAGGUACGAUUAAUAAGUACAGAAAUAAAAAGGGCCAAUCCAUCUUACACAUCGCAACGCUAGACAACAAUUCAUAUUGGGUCGGGACUUUACUUAAUAAGACCGAACUAUUUAAAGAAGUUGACAACAGAGGACAAACUGCUUUCUUAUACGCGAUAUACAGUGAAGUGGCCAGCAUUAUUGAUUUGUUUCUUGAAAGGUGCACGUCUGGAGACGCUAUCACAUUAAAUCUACGAAAGAAAUUACAGAGGGGUUAUAUUUGUUUUUUAGAGACUUUGUUUAAAAUUUCUCGGCUACAUUUUGAUGAAUUCGAAAUGGUGUUCGAUAGUGGAAAUCAUGACAUUGUCCGUAAGUUUAUGAGAAAUGUAAAGGACUACUAUUUGACGGAUUUUACAAUUAAAUAUUGUUCUUCUGGAUAUGAUAAAAUUAUUACAGAAGCUUUAAAGUGCGGCAAGUAUAUUGACAUGUACAAUAUUAUUCUUGCAAGACUUCCCGAUGAACUAUGGAACCUUCACAAAAGUAUAAUACCUUGUCUCUGUCCAGAACGUGGAGAAACGAGUAGUCAGAACUGGAUAAAACAAGGAGAGGAAAUAGAGAAAUGUUUACCUUUCGAUCUAAACCUCUUCAUGCUCUCCAAGUUUGAGAUUUGGCCACUUUUGAUUUUAAGAAAAGAUUGCAAUUUGAUAAUGCGAUACAUUGGUGAAAGAUUCCGAUAUCCAAUGAAUGAUUAUUUGAACUUGUUGUCAAUCACAGAUGCUAUUGGAAAUACUUUCUUGCAUUAUAGCUCCUUAAUUCCAAAUAUGUAUUUUACGUUUGAUUGUUUUAAUCAUUUCAAGAGAGAUUUUUUGUUGUCAAUAGAUGAGCAUGUAAAUCGCCAAAACUUGGCAGGUUGUACACCCCUUCAUUAUGCAGUACAGUGUCCUUGUCCUUUGAACAUAUCAACACUAAUAGAAUUGGGUGCAGAUAUUGAAGUUAAGGAUAAAUCUGGUCGGGAUGUUCUAGAUUAUUCUAAAGCGUAUGGUUUUCAGGACACAGAAGAAAUCCUAAAACGCUAUGAUACCUACAGACGUUAAUGAGGUGUUUAAGUGAUAUGUCUAUUUAAUCCAUGACGUGGAUUGUUUCGCAGCAUAACAUUACUUUGAAAAAUGUACAAAAACG